AUGUUGCUGCAAGCACUUCUUGGAGAUAUUAAUCUCUCGGCUGGAGCUUUAGAAGUUGCGGAUGAAAGUAUCGCAUAUUGCGGCCACAACCACUGGUUACAGAGUUAUAUUAUUCGAAGCAAUAUUAUUGGAUGCUAUGUCAUGGAUGCUGAGUGGUAUCUCACUGUGGUCCUAGCCUGUGGCCUCGUCCAAGAAUUUGGAAGCUUACAACAAGGCGAUGCCACAAAGCUCAGUCAUAACGGCUCGAGCCUAAGUGCAAGCCAAAAGAUAAAGAUUGGUCUUGCAAGAGCUGUCUACUCCAGAGCCCCAAUUAUGAUCUUCGAUGAUAUUAUCUCAGGACUAGAUAAAGACAGUGCAAAGGCCAUUGUCAAUGCGCUCUUUUCGCGAGAAUAUGGUCUUCUUCGUGCGCUAGACACGACAGUAAUAUUUACAGCUCGACAGUGUAAGCUUCCUUAUAUUUAUACUUAG